AGCUGGAGAAGUUGGUGUCCAGUCUUUGCUCUCAGGAUGGAGAAGCACUCUCUAAGUCUUGUUCUCUCUCUUCUCCUUUUCAUACCACUUUUCUAUGGAGGCACAACAGAAGCUGCAGGAACCCUAGAUGGAUCAGAAGAGUGGGGUUAUGUUGAAGUCAGACCAAAAGCCCACAUGUUCUGGUGGCUUUACAGAAGUCCUAACAGAGUAGAAGAUCCCUCCAAGCCAUGGCCAAUCAUUCUCUGGCUUCAGGGUGGACCUGGAGCUUCAGGAGUUGGGAUUGGGAAUUUUGAAGAGAUUGGGCCAUUGGACGCCAAUUUGAACCCAAGAAACUCAACAUGGUUGCAGAAAGCAGAUCUUUUGUUUGUUGAUAACCCAGUUGGAGCUGGAUUCAGUUUUGUGGAGGACAAAUCUCUGUUUGUGAAAAAUGAUUUGGAGGCAGCCACUGACUUGACCACAUUGUUGGAGGAGAUAUUCAACAGAAAUGAGAGCCUCCAAAAGAGUCCCCUGUUUAUUGUGGCAGAGUCUUAUGGAGGAAAAUUUGCAGUCACUCUUGGACUUUCUGCUCUCAAAGCCAUUGAAGCAGGAAAACUAAAACUCAGACUUGGAGGAGUGGCAUUAGGAGACAGUUGGAUCUCCCCGGAAGAUUUUGUGCUUUCAUGGGGUAGUCUGCUCAAAGACGUCUCAAGGCUUGAUGACAAUGGGUUGAAGGAAGCAAACAGUGUGGCUCAAAGGAUUAAGCAGCAGAUUCAGAAUGGUCAACUUGUGGAGGCAACCAAUUCAUGGAGUGAACUUGAGCAAAUCAUUUCCUCUUACAGCAAUUCUGUGGACUUCUAUAAUUUUCUGUUGGAUUCAGGAAUGGAUCCAGUUUCAUCCUUGGCAACCAUUGAAGUAUCAAAAGGAAUUGCCCUUAAGAAAUAUUCAAGAUAUCUCAGUUCCUUGAGGUCUUCAUCAUCAGCAGGUGGUGGUGAUGGUGAUGGUGAUCUUGAUACUUUGUUAAACGGAGUCAUUAAAAAGAAGCUUAAGAUAAUCCCAGAUAAUGUGGCAUGGGGAGGGCAGUCCGACUAUGUCUUCACAGCAAUGGCAGGGGAUUUUAUGAAACCAAGGAUUAAUGAGGUUGAUGAACUCCUUGCUAAAGGGGUCAAUGUGACAAUAUACAAUGGGCAAGUUGAUGUCAUAUGUGCAACCAAGGGGGCUGAAGCAUGGAUUGCAAAGCUCAAAUGGGAAGGACUUCGAAAUUACUUGAGCAAGGGUAGAAGCCCCCUCUUCUGUGGCAAUGAUAGAAUCACCAGAGGGUUCACUAGGUCUUACAAAAACCUGCACUUCUAUUGGAUUCUUGGAGCAGGACACUUUGUACCUGUGGAUCAGCCCUGCAUUGCAUUAAACAUGGUGGCUGACAUUACACAAUCACCUGCUGCUUCUUCUACUAGCAAAGAAAAGAAAAGAAAAACAUAGUAAUUUGACAGACAGACAGAGACACUACUGUGUGUGUACAACAAGACUGAGCUUCACUACUAGAUUAAGCAACAAGAAAGAAACAAAGGAUCAGCAGAGGCAGAGUCAACAAGCAAAACUAAUAACCAUGUGGGGCACACACAAGCAAAUGAUACAAAGGGAUUAAAAAAAAGGACUUGUCCAAUAUAGACCCUUACAUUUUCUAUUUUCUAGACAUA